AUGGCGAAGGCAGCGCCGGUUCUGAGGUCAUUUGCGUUGUUGUUCAUGCACGCAGACGCGGUGGACGUGGCGCUGAUGGCGCUGGGCCUGGUGGGCGCCAUCGGCGACGGCAUGUCGGUGCCGGUAAUGCUAACCAUCAUGAGCCACGUCUACAACGAUGCAGGCAGCGGCCCUGACCGCCUCCAGCAGUUCAGCUCCAAGAUGAAUCAGAACGUGAGGAAUACCCUCUUCCUGGCUGCCGCAUGCUUUGUCAUGGCGUUCCUAGGUGAGAGCACACUGCAUGCCAAUGCCCCGGCCGGCGCCUCUCUGACACCACCGUGGAUUUCUUUUUUCCUCGUUCGAGCAGAGGGGUACUGCUGGACGCGGACGGCGGAGCGGCAGGCGUCGCGGAUGCGGCUGCGUUACCUCCGGGCGGUGCUCCGGCAGGACGUGGAGUACUUCGACCUCAAGACCGGCUCCACGUCGUCGGAGGUGAUCACCAGCGUCUCCAAUGACAGCCUCGUGGUGCAGGACGUGCUGAGCGAGAAGCUGCCCAACUUCGCAGUGAGCGUCACCACGUUCGUGGCCAGCUACGCCGUCGGGUUCGCGCUGCAGUGGCGGCUCACGCUGGUGGCGCUGCCGUCCGUGCUGCUGCUCGUCAUCCCCGGCUUGCUCUACAGCCGAGUCCAGAUCGGCCUGGCACGCCAGAUCAGGGAGCAGUACAGGCGCCCGGGCGCCAUCGCCGAGCAGGCGAUCUCGUCGGUGCGCACCGUGUAUUCGUUUGUCGCGGAGAGGAGCACCACGGCGCGGAUGUCGGCCGCGCUGGAGGAGCUGGUACGGCUCGGGCUCAAGCAGGGGCUCGCCAAGGGCGUCGCCGUCGGCAGCAAUGGCAUCACCUACGCCAUCUUCGCCUUCAACAUUUGGUACGGCAGCCGGCUUGUCAUGCACCACGGCUACAGGGGCGGCACCGUCUACAUCGUCGCCGCCGUCAUUGUACACGGAGGCUACUUCUCGGAGGCAAGCGCAACGGCGGAGAGGAUAACGGAGCUGAUCAGGCGAGUGCCCAAGAUAGACUCAGAGAGUGGCGCCGGCGACGUCCUGGACAACGUCACCGGCGAGGUGGAGUUCAGGAACGUGGAAUUCUGCUACCCGUCGCGGCCCAAGAACCCCAUCUUCGUCAACUUUAGCCUGCACGUGCCAGCUGGGCGGUCGGUGGCGCUGGUGGGCGCCAGCGGGUCAGGCAAGUCGACGGUGAUCGCGCUGCUUGAGCGCUUCUACGACCCGUCGGCUGGGGAGGUGACCCUGGACGGCGUGGACAUCCGGCGGCUGCGGCUCAAGUGGCUGCGCGCGCAGAUGGGGCUUGUCAGCCAGGAGCCGGCGCUGUUCGCGACGUCGAUAAGGGAGAACAUACUGUUAGGCAAGGUGGACGCCACGGAGGAGGAGAUCAUAGCUGCGGCGAUGGCGGCAGACGCCCACAGCUUCAUCUCGCAGUUGCCGCAGGGCUACGACACGCAGGUGGGUGAGCGUGGUGUCCAGAUGUCUGGAGGGCAGAAACAAAGGAUUGCAAUUGCCAGAGCAAUCCUAAAGUCACCCAAGAUCCUUCUCCUGGAUGAAGCCACCAGUGCAUUGGACACUAACUCAGAGCGUGUGGUACAGGAGGCACUUGACCUGGCCUCCAUGGGCCGAACUACUAUUGUCAUUGCACAUCGGCUCUCCACCAUCCGAAAUGCUCAUUUGAUUGCUGCUAUGAAGUCUGGUGAGGUCGUGGAGUUGGGCUCCCAUGAUGAGCUCACUGCAAAUGAGAAUGGCCUCUACUCAUCUCUUGUCCAACUUCAACAGAACAGAUGUUCAAGGGAGGCUACAGAGGUUGGUGGAACUGAAAGUACAUCUAAUAUGGGACAAUACAGCAGCCACAGUGUGAGUAGGAGACUCUCUGCAGCUUGCAGCUCAAGCUCAAGGAGGUCAGCGGACAAUGCAAAAGAUGAUUACGACAUAGGCAAGCCAAAGACACCUGUGCCAUCAUUCACAAGGCUACUUAUGCUUAAUGCACCAGAGUGGAAGCAGGCACUGAUAGGAGGCUCUAGUGCAAUCGUGUUCGGUGGCAUACAACCUGCGUACUCAUACGCCAUGGGGAGCAUGAUCUCUAUCUACUUCUUGACAGAUCAUGAAGAGAUCAAGGACAAAACAAGGACCCAUGCACUUUUCUUUGCCGCCCUUGCAGUGCUCACAUUCCUGAUCAAUAUUGGGCAGCAUUACAACUUUGAUGCUAUGGGGGAAUACCUUACCAAGAGGAUUAGGGAACAUAUGCUUGAGAAAAUUCUCACUUUCGAGAUUGGGUGGUUUGACCGUGAUGACAACUCAAGUGGUGUCAUAUGCUCCCAGCUUGCCAAGGACACCAACGUUGUGAGGUCACUAGUGGGUGAUAGAAUGUCUCUGGUGAUCCAAACAAUUUCUGCUGUUCUCAUUGCCAGCGUCAUGGGUCUGAUAAUUGCCUGGCGUUUGGCCCUUGUGAUGAUAGUAGUCCAGCCUCUUAUCAUCAUCUGCUUUUAUGCUCGUCGUGUCUUACUAAAGAGCAUGUCAAAGCAAUCUAUACAGGCACAAUCUGAAUGUAGUAAGCUAGCAGCUGAGGCUGUCUCUAAUCUUCGCACCAUCACUGCUUUCUCAUCCCAGGAACGCAUCUUGCGCCUCUUUGACCAAGCACAGGAUGGACCACGCAAUGAAAGCAUUCGACAAUCAUGGUUUGCAGGUCUUGGCCUCGGCACGUCCAUGAGUCUUUUGAGAUGCACUGCAGCCCUCGACUUCUGGUACGGUGGCAAGCUAAUUGCUGAACAUCACAUUACUGCUAAGGCCCUCUACCAAACCUUCACAAUUCUAGUAGGCACAGGGCGUGUAAUUGCAGAUGCAGGUAGCGUGACAACAGACCUUGCUAAGGGUGCUGAUGCAGUCGCUUCAGUGUUUUCUAUUCUUGACCGGGAAUCAGAAAUUAACCCUGACAGCCCUGAGGGAUACAAACCAGAGAAACUCGUGGGUGAGGUCAACAUUAAAGAAGUUGAUUUUGCAUACCCAUCAAGGCCAGAUGUGGUCAUCUUCAAAGGAUUCAACUUAAGCAUACAGCCAGGCAUGUCGACAGCCCUUGUUGGGCAAAGUGGUUCAGGCAAAUCAACAAUCAUUGGACUUAUAGAGCGGUUCUACGAGCCACUGAGGGGGGUGGUACAGGUCGAUGGUAGGGACAUCAAAAUAUACAAUCUCCGAGCCCUGCGACAGCACAUUGGACUAGUCAGCCAGGAGCCAACAUUAUUUGCAGGUACCAUUAGAGAGAACAUUAUGUAUGGAACAGAAAGAGCGAGUGAGGCGGAAAUUGAGAAUGCAUCAAUGUCCGCCAAUGCACAUGACUUUAUUAGCAACCUAAAGGAUGGAUAUGACACAUGGUGUGGUGAGCGGGGUGUUCAGCUUUCAGGAGGUCAGAAGCAGCGCAUUGCAAUCGCCCGUGCAAUCUUGAAGAACCCUGCUAUCUUGCUACUGGAUGAAGCUACAAGUGCACUGGACAGCCAGUCGGAGAAGGUGGUGCAAGAGGCGCUGGACCGAGUAUCAAUUGGCAGGACUAGUGUAGUUGUGGCACAUAGGCUAAGCACUAUCCAGAACUGCGACCAGAUCACUGUGCUUGAGAAAGGAAUUGUUGUGGAGACAGGUACACAUGCAUCCCUCAUGGCCAAGGGUCCUGCUGGAACAUACUUUGGACUGGUUAAUUUGCAACAAGGAAGCGGCCAUCACUGA